GUCAGCCCCCUAGAGAAGGGCACCAUCAGCGACUGGGAUGUGCUGGAGGCCUGCCUGGACCAUGUGCUGUACGAGCGGAUCGGGUGGCGGCGCGGCCACGAGGGCGGCAUGCUGCUGGCGGAACCCAACUUUGCCAGCCGCGAUGAGCGGGAGCGGCUGUGCCAGCUGAUGUUCGAGGUGUUCAACCUGGCGGGGUACUAUGCGGCAGACCAGGCGGUAUUGUCGUUGUACGCCCUGGGGCGAGUCAGCGGCACCGUCAUCGACGUCGGCUACGGAAAGACAGAUGUUGUGCCAGUCCUGGAGGGCUCGGCGCAGCUGUCCACCGCGCAGCGCCUGCCUUACGGCUGCCAGCAGCUGGCGCAGCACCUGGGCACGCAGCUGGCGGCCCGCGGCAUCAACCUCGGCGGCACCAGCAAAGACCUCGCCCGCAGCAUAGUGCGGGUGGCGGGCAGCGCAGAGGAGGCGGCGUCAGCCGCGGCAGAGCCCACCACGCACACGCUGCCCGAUGGCCAGACCAUCACCGUGCAGCGGGAGGGGCUGCAGCUGGGGGAGGCGCUCAUGGAUGGCUCGCGGCUGGGGCUGGAUGUGGAGCGGCUGUCAGAGGCGGUGCACACGGCCGCCACGGCGCAGGGAGACAAGGACACGCGCAAGGCCUGGCUGGAAGGCAUGAUGCUGUGCGGCGGCGGCAGCGGCGCGCCGGGCCUGGGAGCACGCCUGCUGCGCGAGGUGCGGGCGCUGUCCACGCAGCAGGUGUCCCCCAUGCUGUGCGGCGUGCCAGACUAUCUGCCCGAGGGCACGCGGCGGCACGCGGCGUGGAUGGGCGGCGCGGUGCUGGCACGCGUCACCUUCUCCCAGGCGGGCGGCUUCCUGACCAAGGCAGACUACGAGGAGGCGGGGCCUGCGGCGGUGCUCAGAAAGUGCAUCUGA